AUGCCCAAUACAGUGAAAUCACUAGUUGUCUCUUGCCAGGAUAUCUUGACAAAACAUUUAGAUGUUGUUUCUGAGGUCGGCUGUGUUCCAUAUUCUUUGAUGAAGAAUUCACUCGUUCACGCAACGCCACAGCAACUAUAUAAGAUAGAGAAAGCAAAUCCAGAUAUAGCUGCAGAAUCAGAUGAAUUAUGGCUCAAGCAUUGCCUCACAUACAAAGACAUCCGGGAAGACUAUUACGAGCAUGGCUUAUAUCGUGAUCCCUCAAAAUGGCGAGAACUCUACUUGAAUCGAUAUAAAGAGACUGAAAAGAAGCGACAAUUGAUCAAACAAAAAGUGAAGAGCCAAUACAGCAAGAUUCAAAAUGAAAAGGAAAAACGAUCCAUCAAAGUGUUGCAUGGUGUUGUGCCAACUACCGGUAAACGUUCAUACGAAGCAGCGAGGCGAUCGACAAUGAGUAAGCUAUUUCAGCAAACCAAAAAGGAGACUGAUAAAGUUGCAUCGAUCUAUCAACAAAAACGACCUACUGUCACCUCAGCCAUGCCAAUGUCUCUUCACCAUCCACCAUCGACAUCCUCUACCGUGAUCAGGGUACCCAAACCAGCAUCUCAAUUGACUCGAGCUUAUCAAUCCUAUCAAUCCAAAUACCCAAGACUCAAUUCGCCUCCACCACCUGCUCCACUUAUUGCGCCUGGACCCCAACUUUCUGACGAGCGACAUCAGAAACGGCCCAAAUUGAACAUGGAUGACGAUAGAAAACCAGGCGAAAAGAAAAAGAAACCUGUAGCCAUGGUAAAUUUCAACAUUUUUAACGAGCUAUCAUGA